AUGUCUCCUCAGAUAAAAAAUCCUCUCUUGCCUGAGCAAGAACCGUCGUCUGAGAAGCAUGGAUCAACCUCCGGCGUCGUUUUCAACGUCUCGACGAGCAUAAUCGGAGCCGGAAUAAUGUCAAUGCCGGCGGCCUUUAAGGUUCUCGGAGUAAUCCCAGCGCUAUUGAUUAUCGCGAUCAUCGCUUGGCUUUCCACAAUUUCUGCUGGGUUUCUGAUGAAAUCGACGCUCGCCGGCGAAUCAACUACUUACGCCGGAGUCAUGAAAGAGUCGUUCGGGAAAACAGGAUCCGUCGCUGUACAGAUUGCUACGAUGGUUGCCACUUUCGGAUGUAUGAUCAUUUUCUCGAUUAUCAUAGGAGAUGUGCUUUCCGGUAACGACAACGGAGGAUCCGAACAUAUUGGAGUUUUGCAAGAAUGGUUUGGUUCUCACUGGUGGAACACGAGAAUCUUCGCUUUGUUGUUCAUCUACGGUUUCGUCUUGCUUCCAUUAGUCUUGUGCAGACGUGUGGAAACACUGGCAUUUAGCUCUGCGGUAUCGUUUCUUCUUGCGGUGCUGUUUGUGGUUAUAAGCUCGGUGCUUGCCAUUUCCGCGCUAGUGAAAGGUCAAACCAAGAAUCCAAGACUCUUUCCAGAGCUGAACAAUGGAGGAUCGUUUUGGAAUCUCUUCACAGCUUCCCCUGUCAUAGUGACAGCCUUUACGUUUCAUUUCAAUGUGCAUCCAAUUGGAUUCGAGCUCAAAGAUCCUUUAAGUGUGAUCCCAGCAACUAAGAUCUCUGUCGUCUUGUGCGCUGCAAUCUACUUCGCUACUGGACUCUUCGGGUAUCUUCUGUUUGGAGAUGCAACAAUGUCGGAUAUUCUAGUGAACUUUGACCAGAGCUCUGGUUCUUCCAUUGGUUCUCUCCUCAACGACGUUGUCAGACUCAGCUACGCGGUUCACCUCAUGCUUGUCUUUCCUCUCAUGAACUUCUCGUUGAGAGCAAACCUCGACGAGCUUCUGUUCCCAAAGAAGUCAUCAUUGGCAAAAGACUCGACAAGAUUCAUCGGACUCACUCUGGCUUUACUAGUUUGCUGUUUCUUGUCUGCAAUCGCUGUGCCAGAUAUUUGGUAUUUCUUUCAGUUCUUGGGAUCAACCACCACGGUCUCAAUAGCAUUCAUAUUUCCAGCAGCCAUUGUUUUAAGGAAUGUGCAUGGUGUGUCGACUUCAAGAGAGAAGAUAGUAGCUGCGAUAAUGCUUGUUCUCGCUGUUGCCACUAGCAUCAUCGCCAUUUCGACGAAUUUAUACAGUCUCACAGCAAACUAA